AUGCACGCCGUUACCGAAGACGAAGAGAAAUGGCUGGCCGCCGGCAUCACUGGCCUCCAGCAAAACGCCUUCUACAUGCAUCGCGCCUUGGAUUCCAACAAUUUAAAGGAUGCGUUGAAAUACUCAGCUCAGAUGCUUUCAGAACUCCGAACUUCGCGGCUUUCUCCUCAGAAAUACUAUGAACUUUACAUGCGAGCAUUUGAUGAAUUGAGGAAGCUGGAGAUGUUUUUCAGGGAGGAGACCAAGCGAGGCUGUUCAGUUGUUGAGUUAUACGAGCUAGUGCAGCACGCUGGCAAUAUAUUGCCCAGAUUGUACCUUCUUUGUACUGUUGGUUCUGUGUACAUAAAAUCUAAGGAAGCUCCAGCUAAAGAUAUACUCAAAGAUCUUGUAGAAAUGAGCCGCGGCAUACAGCAUCCUCUACGUGGGCUCUUCUUGAGGAGUUACCUUUCUCAAGUUAGUAGAGAUAAAUUACCUGAUCUUGGUUCUGAAUAUGAAGGGGAUGCUGACACUGUUUCUGAUGCGGUAGAGUUUGUGCUUCAGAAUUUUACGGAAAUGAAUAAACUUUGGGUUCGAAUGCAACAUCAGGGACCUGCUCGGGAGAAGGAGAAACGGGAAAAAGAAAGGAGCGAGCUUCGUGAUCUUGUGGGGAAGAACCUACAUGUUCUCAGUCAGAUAGAGGGCGUUGACCUUGAUAUGUACAGAGAGACUGUACUUCCUAGGAUCUUGGAACAGGUGGUUAACUGUAAGGAUGAGAUUGCUCAAGGUUACUUGAUGGAUUGCAUAAUUCAAGUGUUCCCUGAUGAAUAUCACUUACAGACUCUUGAAACUCUGUUAGGUGCUUUCCCGCAGCUUCAGCCUUCUGUUGACAUCAAGAUGGUACUUUCUCGACUAAUGGAGAGGCUUUCUAACUAUGCUGCUUCAAGUGCAGAUGUUUUGCCCGAAUUUUUCCAGGUUGAAGCUUUUGCGAAACUGAGCAGUGCCAUAAGCAAGGUUAUUGAGGCACAAGAUGACAUGCCAGUUUUUGGAGUUGUAACUUUAUACUCUUCCCUUCUGACUUUCACUCUCCAAGUACAUCCUGACCGUCUUGAUUAUGUGGAUCAAAUAUUGGGUGCAUGUGUUAAGAAACUUUCUGGGAAAGGAAAGCUUGAAGAUAACAAAUCAAGAAAACAAAUCGUUGCACUUCUUAGUGCUCCAUUAGAGAAAUAUAAUGAUAUAGAUACUGCAUUGAAGCUUUCUAAUUAUCCCAAUGUGAUGGAGUACUUGGAUGAUGGAACAAAGAAGGAGAUGGCCAGUGUGAUAAUCCAAAGCAUCAUGAAAAACAAGUCAUUAAUUUCUACUUCUGAGAAGGUUGAGGCACUAUUUGAAUUGAUAAAGGGACUCAUCAAGGAUUUAGAGGAGAAUCUUCUUGAGCUUGACGAAGAAGACUUUCAUGAGGAGCAGAAUUCUGUUGCACGUCUUAUUCAAAUGCUUCAUAAUGAUGAUCCGGAAGAAAUGCUUAAGAUUAUUACUACAGUGAAGAAACAUAUUUUGACUGGUGGCGCAAAGAGGCUUCCUUUUACAGUCCCUCCCCUAAUCUUCAAUUCUCUGAAGUUGAUCAGGCGGCUACAGAAUCAGGAGGAAACUGUGGCUGAUGAAGAUGCUUCUGCUACACCUAGGAAAAUCUUUCAACUAUUAAAUCAGAUAAUUGAGGCUCUGUCAAGCGUGCCUAAGCCUGAACUAGCACUGCGACUAUACUUGCAAUGUGCUGAGGCUGCUGAUGAUUGUGAUUUAGAACCUGUUGCCUAUGAGUUCUUCACCCAAGCUUAUUUGCUAUAUGAAGAAGAAAUUUCGGACUCCAAAUCACAAGUAACUGCUAUGCACCUGAUAAUUGGGACCCUUCAAAGGAUGCAUGUCUUUGGCGUGGAGAAUAGGGAUACUUUGACACACAAGGCCACCGGGUAUUCAGCAAAACUUCUGAAGAAACCGGAUCAGUGCAGAGCUGUAUAUGCUUGUUCACAUCUAUUCUGGGUAGAUGAUCAAGAUAGUAUCAAGGAUGGGGAGAGGGUGUUACUUUGCCUAAAACGUGCUCUAAGAAUUGCGAAUGCCGUUCAACAAAUGGCCAAUGCAACCCGUGGCAGCAGUGGAUCUGUCUUGCUCUUCAUUGAAAUACUGAACAAAUAUCUUUAUUUCUUUGAGAAGGGGGUCACACAGAUCACAGUUGCAUCGGUCCAGAGCUUGAUUGAAUUGAUAACAAACGAAAUGCAAGGUGAGAAUUCAACGAGUGAUCCAACUGCAGAUGCCUUCUUUGCAAGUACAUUGCGGUUCAUCCAGUUCCAGAAAGACAAGGGUGGUGCAGUUGGCGAAAGAUAUGAAGCCAUUAAGCUGUGA